AACAUUUUUGAAUAUACAUAUAACGUCAAACCACAGAACACUGUGGUCAAACGUCAGUAAUCAAUGUCUGUGUAUAAUGUAAACAUAGUAGAAUCACAUAAACAUAUCCGUUUAUUUUAUUUCUAUUAAUAUUUCCAAUUGUUUUCGAAAUGAAACUUCACUUUAGUGGUUAUCAUCUAGCGGUUACAGUUUCGAGUCAGUUGACCGUUUUAAAAUUGAAACAACAAUUAGAAGCUGAACAUGAUCUCCAAUCUGACCAUUAUUACCUCACUUCAAGUGGUAAAAUCCUACAUAAUGAUCAUAUUCUUAAUGAACAACCCGUUCAUAUUGUACCGAGAGUGUUGGGUGGAAAGGGUGGAUUUGGAUCUAUGCUUCGAGCAAUUGGUGCCCAAAUUGAAAAAACUACUAACCGAGAAGCUUGUAGAGACCUGAGUGGAAGACGCUUAAGAGACAUAAAUGAAGAACAACGGCUAAAAAAUUGGAUCAAUAAUCAAGCUGAAAGAGAGAAAGAAGCAGCAGAAAGAAAAAAGAAAAAGCUGGAAAGAUUGUGUGAAAAACCUAAACAUGAAUUCAAAGAUGACGCUUAUGAUAAAGAAAGAUCAGCUCUUCCUGAAAUGAUUGAAGAUGCAGUACUUCAAGGUCUUCAAGUCUCAACUUCAUCAAAAAGAAAAUGUGAUGACGAGGAGAAAGUUGUUAAGAAGAAAAAAACAAAGUUGUGGAUUGAUGAAGAACUAGAGGACCUCUCUGAUGAUGACUCUGAAGAAGAAGAAAAUAAAAAUGAAACAACAAACAAAGAUGCUGCAGUGAGUAACAUUGACGAAGAAAAAAACAACACUGAUACUGCUGAAAAAAAUGACGAAAACAUAAAUGAAUUAGUUGAUAAGAAAUCUAAUGACCUGAAUGAGCAGACAGACAAAAAAACUUGAUCCAAAAUGUAUUUAUGACAAAAAGAAAUUAUUCUGUAUUUAUUUGUAAUUAAAAAUUUCGUAUUCACUAACA